AUGGAGGAGGAAGCGCUAUCCGGUACAGGAGGAAAUCUUGAUAUAAUAGAACAUAUACAGGAUCCGUUCUUUGCGCAUACAGUACUGGCUGCCACAUGUGGCCUGUGCCUGCGGUUUUUUGGAGAGAAUGCCUGUUCAAUUGCGGACGUUUUGAUCAUCGUUGUGCUAUUGGGCUACUGGUCGAUUGAAAUGUCUUGGAUAGUGAAGGAGAGUGUGCAUGAGUAUCCCUCGGACCGCGUGCUGCUCGGACUGUCGCGGUUUCCCGAGACAGUCGGAUGCGCCUGUCUUUUGGUCACGAGUUGGCUGUCGACGAGCCAAAGCACCGAUGCAAAGGUGAGACUGUUAGGGUUUGCCACACUAGCUUACUCAACAGCUGUGUAUGCGUCAGGGUUCUUUCCCGAAUCCGAGCUUCUCCUGUCCGUUGUUGAUAUUCCGAUUGUGAGUGAUUACUGGUACGAGUUCUGUUGCUACGGAGCGUUGCCAGCCGUAAUCAUGGACAUCUCAUCCAGAAGUGCGCUAUUGGUGGGAGGCAUCCUUACGACUAUGACAAGCAUUCGCCCACUGAUGUUUGAUGUAGCGGAAUUAAUACCCGAGGAUAGGCUGAUCUGGUUGCGGAUAGUGAGUGUACCUCUGCUCUGUGUAGCGGUGGGUAUGUACAGGCCGGUGGCUGUAGUCAAGGGCAGCUAUAAGAAAACGACAUCGAAAAAAGAUCAGUAGAACCAACUAUCUCAAGAAUUCAAAAAUAAAUAAAUAAAUAGCACGGCCAC